AUGGAUGCUGCGUAUUUCCCGUUUGCAGAGAGGAAUAACGUAAUUCCUAAGCGUGUGUUUUCAGUUUCCGCUAUCCUAGAGGAGAACAACAUGUUGCAAACACACGGGGAAAUAAAGCGUGCUCUAGGCCACAGGCUACAAAUUCUACACCUCAACCGGCGUUUGUUCCGCUACUGCGGGUGUGCCAGCAUAACUAAGCCUGUACUGCUGGUGAGCCCGAAACCAGAAUCUGGACUCUUGCUGCUGAAAGUGCUGCGAGAUGGUGGAAAAGACGACAAAGCAACUCAGAGCAGUGUGGAAAGCACGCAGAGCAAAGGCAGACAGAGAAAAGCUAAAGUGGAACAACUGAGCAGCAGCUGGGGAAUGGCAGUAGGACGAAAGCAGUGCCAGACUGGGACACCUCCCGCAGCUGGAUCUGACUCUUCUGCAGCAGCAGAAGAGGAAGCAGAGGAAGCAGAGGAAGCAGAAAAAGCAGAAAAAGCAGAGGAGCCAGAAGCAACAGCGACAGCAGAAGCAGCGGAAGAAGAGCUGGAUAAGGCAGAAACAGAGAAAGAGACAUUCUUGUGCUGUUUGAGCUGCUUGAACUGCUUAUGCUGUGUCCUGAUUCCAGCAUCUGUUAUUUUUCAAUCGUUUUUUUCUCCAUUGGAAUUAGGACUCGAAUCAGCAUUAGAAUUUGAAUUAGCAUUAGAAUUUGGAUUUGAAUUUGAAUCUAAUAUCUAG